AUGCCAACGCUUUCAGACACUAUCUCUGAUGCUAAGAGUUAUGCUUUGUUUCAACAAUCGAUAGAAGAACCUAACUCUGCACCGGUUGCUUUUGCUGCUCAAUAUAAUGGGUCACACAACCAUCAGCGUGGGGGACGAUUAUCAUCUAAAAAUCAUUAUGUCUCACGUCAAGGAGGAGGUGGACGUAAUGCUGAUGGUGGGGGAAAUAACUCCCACUCGGGAUCUGAUCGUCGCAAUAAUCGGCGCCAAUAUACACCUAAAUGCCAAAUUUGCAAAGUUCUUGGCCAUGUUGCUCCUGAUUGCCCAGAACGGCUUAAUCCCACCUCUGGUUCAUCUUCUCAGGCAAACCUUACUCAGGCUUUCAAUGCAGUCUCCCUAAAUUCUGGUGAAACAUCAGACUGUUGUGGUAAGAGUUGUCAAGUUGAAGAGAGGAAGAGAAACCGCAUAGAUCCUCUCGAGUGUGUUGUCGUAAAAGGAAAUGAGGAAGAAAGUUGA